UGCCUACCAGUGCACCACUGUGGAAGUAAGACAGCAUUUUGCUUGUGUUGGGUCAGCUGAAGUCAGAUAGAGGCAUUUCAGUUUGCAUUUGAUCUAAUCUGUGGCUGAAGCCAUGGGACUUAAUCUACGUGUGGUGUUGCUAUGGCUGCUGGUUAUUGGAGAGCUUGAAGCUUACAUUAAAUCUUCCUAUCAUGGUUCUAAUCCUGGCAUUUGGGACAUGAGCUACCAGCCCCAGGGGCCAAGCUACCAACCCAAGCCCCAGCCCCAGGUACUGAGCUACCAGCCCCAGGGGCCGAGCUACCAGCCCCAGGGGCCGAGCUACCAGCCCCAGGGGCCGAGCUACCAGCCCGAGCCCCCGGCUCCCUGCUACGGGGCCAAGCAAUCAUCCCGAGCCCCAGGCUACCUGCUAUCAGCCCAAGCCCCAGGCUCCCGGCUACCGGCCCAAGCCCCAGGCUCCCGGCUACCGGCCCAAGCCCCAGGCUACCGGCUACCGGCCCAAGCCCAAGCCCAAGCCCCAGGUUCCCAGCUACCAGCCCAAGCUAGAACAUAACCCAUCAACUGACAGGUAAGUGUAGUAUCUCAGAUGUUUUUCAACUGAUGGGCCCUGUUGAAUUAAAGCUUGUGACAUGAUUGCCUUUGGAGAAAUAAAAUACAUUUUAUAUAA